CCUGUUUUCUCUUGCAGUCUAUUUUAAGACUGCCCUGAGUCAGGGGAAUAGAAGUCUCGAGUCCGUCUGCUGUUGCUGUGCGUACGACACCACUCUCUUGUGGGAGCUAUAUGGAGGUCUGAUCUUGGGUGAAAAAUCCAAGCCCAACAAGGGGCUCUUUCGACCAGGAACAUGGAAAGCUUGCUUCCUUCAGAAUGUGAUAGAGCGUCUGAGAUUUCCUUCUGCCUGGACGAUGAAGCCCCCCCUGACAGCGUCCUGAAUGCAGAAGACAAAGAGGAGCUUACCCAGAGUUUAAAGGAUGCUAUUGAUGUUGAAGAUGUAAAACCCAAACUACAAUGCCUUAUGUCCAACCCCUCCUUUUCUAUGGUAACAGUGCAGUGUGAAGACAGUGGAAUUCACUGGGAGACCAGCUCAAGUCGAUGUUCCACACCAUGGGCUUCCGAAGCCAGCACUACCUCCGAUGUGUACAGUAUGGAUAGUUCUUCAGUGGGUACUCCUGGAAAGGUGAUAUUCAUCAUGGACGAGGGCAAGCUACGCCGAAAAAGAGCCAGGGUAUCUUCACAAUUUUCACGGCACUCUUUGCAUCCAAAGAAAAGUGUGUUAAGUCAUCAAAAGGAAGAGUGUGCAGAAAAUAUGGAGCAAGCAGUUAAAGGUGCAAUAGAAAAAGCUAAAAGUCAAUCAUUUAAACUUGCUGAAAGAUCAAACAAUCUUCAUGACUCUAGUGGAAUCAGCGGUGGGCAUGAAGCAUUUUCUCCUAUUGUUUCAAGUGAAGAAACUGCAAUAAAGAGAAAGAAAUUUGUAGACUCCAAAAUUCACAAGUUGAAGACUGUCCCGGAGCAAAAUGUUGACAUUAAAGAGAAGUUUUUGGAAGAGUCUUCAUCACUAUCUGCAGCAGAGACUGCUUCACAAGUAAAAUCUGUCCCAACAGUUCAAUUAGGCUCAUUAAACAAAAAAGAUUUCGAGACCGUGGUAUCUCCUUUGGAUGAAACAAUAAAUAUAUUGUCAGAAGAGUUUGAACAAGAAAAAUCUAAUUUAUCAAAUUCCUGGGUUGAAGCAAACCUAACUGUCAUUCAAUCACAUAAACCCUCGACAGAUAAUCUUAUAACAGAAGAAACAGUUGUUCAACCACUCUCAGCUGACAGGUUAGACACAGAAAGAUCUCAUACUCAGAAUUUGACUGUCUUAGAGUCAUUGUCUACACAACCUACCUCUUCACUGUUGUAUCUUACAGAUAAAAAUGAAAGUUCCAACCUAGAAUCUGACAAUAUUAAAUCAGAUAUUGUCUCAAGAAAUGACCUACCAAAGGAAGGUCUGGUUGAUUUGCCCUUAUGUCAACCAUUUGCAGAACGUAUUAGAGAAACAACAGUGGAAAUAGGCCAAAAAACAACAGAUCUUCACAAAAUCUCACCUUCUGCUUUAGAAGAUGAAAUAAAAAAACAAGAGGUAGCUGAUAUUCCAACAGCUGGCAAUCUACCAACAGAAGAUUUUGAUGUGUCAAAUAACUCUUUGACUCAACUAGCUACUAAUAAUUUGAAAGGAGAGCAACUUGUUUCAGACAAUGUGAAUAAACAUCUUCCCCCCGAAGAGCAGAAAUCAAAACACCGUGAAAGUGACACUGGCAGCAGAAAACCUCUUGAGAAACAACCAGACAUAUUCAGCAUUGUUCCAGAAGGUUCAGAGAUGGUAAAUAUUCUAGAACCACACUUGGUAUUGUCAGUUGAUCAGGAAGCAAGUAACAAAAUGCAAGAUAAGUUAGAAUAUUUUAAUGAAAAACCAAAGCUUUCGACAAAGUCCAGUAACCAAUCUGAUCUUUCAUCCAUCAAGCCUAGUGUAUUACGUGACACCAGUUUGAAAGGAAAUCGUGAAAUAAGAGCACAACCAGGAGAAAAUGCUAAUGGUUUGGAAAACAUGAACAAAGACACUUCAGAGAACACAAAGCAACUUAAUCCAGAUAAAAGUACAAAUGAGGUUGAUUACUUUGAGAAAUUUACUUUAGUUGAUGACAAAAUUCCCAUUGAAUGUGGAAUGGGAAAACCAUCCUUGGAAGCUGAAAUGGUUAAUGCUAAGCAAGAGACAUGUUACCCUACGACAGAAAAAGAAAAAUUUGACGAAUAUGACUAUUACUUGGAGAAUUUUGAUGAAUCCUUCUAUGGUGUGACAAAAAGUGAAGAUGAAUUUGUUAAUCCCAUUGGAAACUCAUUACGGGAAAGUCCAAGUGACGGUAAAGAGAAUUCAAAAGAAGAUGCUGUGAAACCAGAUGUAACAACAUUGUUUAAUGCUGAAGAAGGAGUGUUAUCAAAAUCUUUCUACUUUCCUACUUCCUAUCCAAUAAACCCAGAGCUCCUACAAGAACCACCUGCUUUAGCAUUUCUCUACGAAGAUCUUUAUGAAAAAGCCACAAAAGAUGAGAACAACCCUUCUGAUGAAGAAAACAAUGGUUCUGAAGGCUCGUUUCACAGCAGAAUAUCUGAUGAUGAUGGAACAGGAAUAUAUUUUGAAAAGUAUAACCUUAAAGAUGAAAUACCAUUUGACAAAUUCAAGCCUCACCAAAGAGAACUCACCGAGCAGUUUUAUGACCUUCCACCCGCAGAAGAAGUAGAAUACGAAAACGCAGCACAGGGUAAAAAACAUGUUGAAAUGUUUCCACCUGUUGGCAUCCAGGUAUAUGAACAGUUUUCGGAGGAAGAAGAAAGAGAAAAAAAACCUCAAGAAAUGAUUGACAUUGUUGAGGCCAUACUCAAAGAAGCAAAAGGGAAAGAUGUAGGAUCAGUGAACAAGGAUGGAUUGAAAGCAGGUGUUUCACAAGAAAGAGAAAGCCAGAACCUAGAAAGUGACAUAGCUAAAUCUUUAGACUUUGUGGUCAUAAGUCAGGAUGAUCUAGAUGAGCUAGAUGAGGAGCUUAAGUUUGAAGAUUUGGGCCAUGACAGUGAUGGGGAGUUUGAAAUGGUUAUGGAUGUUGGUCAAGGUGGCCCAAUGGACCACGGAGAGUCUGGUUUUGAGAUUAUAGAGCAUGAAAAAUCAUCAGAGUUAUCGGAACCGUCUCUAACAGACGGGAAAACAGCUCAGAUUGACACUUACUGCUAUACCUGUAAAAUACCCAUAUUGGCCAUUGAUAAGAUUUUUGGUGACCAUAAGGACCAUGAUGUCACAACGAUAGACAACGCGGUCACUGAGAUGACAACCAAUUUGGAGGAUUUAUAUGAUAAACUUCAAGAAAACUCAUUGAAAACAGAGGAUUUUGUCAGCAGAGUGGAAGCCCUAUUCAAUGAUGUUGAAAAAAUUUACACAGAAACAGAGAAGGUUUUACAAGAGCAGAAUGAAGAGAUGAUCCAGAAAGUCUUUGCUCAGCACACAGCGCAGAGAGAAAGCUUUGAGGGAAUAAAGAAGAUUAAACUGGAAUAUCUGCAGGAUCAGAUUGUUAACUUCCAGAAAAACAUCGACCUGUCUAAAGAAAUCCUGGAGAGAACCGUGCAGGAGCUGGAAGAGACAGAUCCUGUUGUGUUUCUUAGCUUACACGAUGAGAUGAAUAAGAGGCUAAUGGUAGCUCUGGAGAAUAUGUUGUCACUUGACAAGAUGCCCAACGCCAAAUCACUCUUUGAAAAGUGCUCGGGGGAAUCUACUAAAGAAGACGUGAAUACAGAGAAAUGUGCCCCAGCAGUUCCUCACACACCAAAAUUAAAGGCACAGGAGCGCAGUUCUGCUACCAGCACCACCAUUACUGUUUAUUGGUCUAUGAGCCAGGAGGAUGUUAUCGACUGCUUCCAGGUGUACUGCAUGGAGGAACCUCAAGGAAACAGAGAGAACAAUGGCUUGCUGGAGGAGUACCGAGUGACGGUGAAGGAAAGUUUCUGUAUUCUGGAGGACCUAGAGCCAGAUAAAUGUUACAGCGUUUGGGUGAUGGCUGUAAAUAACACGGGGUGCAGCUUCCCCAGUGAUCGUGCUUCCUUCAGGACUGCACCAUCUACACCUGUAAUUAAGGCAGAGGAGUGUACGGUGUGCUGGGAUACCGCUGUUAUACGUUGGACCACGACCCAUCCAGAGUACACGGACUCAUUCACGCUGGAAUGGUGCAAGCAGUACUCCUCGGAAGGAGAGGGUCUCAGAUCUGUAUCCGGAGUCAAAGGCCAACAACUGAAGGUGUCUCUGCAGCCGAAUGAAAAUUACUUCUUCUAUGUGAGAGCUACAAACAGCUUUGGGACAAGUGAGCAGAGUGAAGCAGCUCUUAUUUCAACAAAAGGUACCCGGUUUCAUUUGCUGAGAGAUAUGGCUCAUCCAGCUUUGGAUCUGUCACCUGAUGGAACGGUGAUUAGUAUUUCAGAACAGAGUGAGAUUUCUGGGAUCCCGUUGGUCCUGGGGGAGCUGCUCCCGGCCACUGGUCGUCAUUACUGGGAGAUGAUGGUUACCGGCUGUAGCGCAUACAGUGUGGGUGCUACGUUUCAGCCCUCUGCAGAUGAAAGUCCAUUUGUAGAGGAAUGUACAUCAUGGUGUAUGCAGUGCUACAGCAGCUCAACAAGUUUCUCCUACAAGUUCCUCCACAAUGAAGUUUUGGGUGAAGUUCACUUGACGGAGCCUCCAGUCCGGGUCGGGAUUCUCUUGGAUUACACCACCGGAAGACUUUCUUUCUACAACGUCCAGAAGGGAAACUUGCUGUUCACCUUCAGACACAGGUUUACAGAGGCCGCCCACCCUACGUUCGCUCUGGAGGCCUACGGGGAACUCCAUUUACACACUGGGAUUGAACUGCCACGUUUUGCCAAAGACAGCUAACUACUCAUUAGGGAGACCAUUGCUUGCUGAAGGCCAUAACCAAAGUUUACUCGUAUAAAUCUCUGCUUGUCCUAACAUCCCUGUGUAGGCAGACUAUGGGAAUUACGCAAUUAGGCAUUGAAGGGACAUUAUCAACAGUUUAGCUUCAUAUUUAAUUUAUACAUGAUUAAAAGUAACAUAUUUAUUUUGGGGUGCUAGUCCCCCUAGAAAUACACAUGGCACCUGGAUUUUGUGUGUACAGUUGGUCUUUAAAGUUUUUUUUGGGUGGUGGGGGGGUUUCUUAGGGCAAGCAGGGUAGUCUCAGACGAGUUAAACGUGCAAUAAAUGUACUAAUAGCAAAGCCCUCUUAAUUCUUAGUAGGAUAUUUUACUUUAAAUAUGUGUAGAUGAUCUGUGGGUUUUUUUUAGCAAAGAGGCUAAUAGUUCACAUCAAUGAAACCUUAACGAAGGUCUUUGAAGAUAAUUGUAAUUAACGUAAACUUAAC